AUAGACACGACUCGACUCGUCGUGAACCCCAACGACGACAUCCUCCCUCUUACAAAAACAACACAGGCUGGCAGACACGUUUUCCUCGCUCGGUCGCUGGCGUUCCACCGGACCACAACAGAGAAAGAGAACCUCUCAACUCAAGGAAUAACAACCACCCUACCCUACCCUACCUACCUACCUAGACCACUCCACCACCACCUCUUCCUCUGCUUUUGACACUUCCCCUCCCUGUUCUGUUCACAGAUCUGUCUGCAGAUCAUUUGGCAGACGAGACGAGCUCAGAAAUCUUGCAAGUUCUUGGAAUUUAUUUACAUACUAAAAGAAAUUGUCCAUUUUAUUAGAUAUCAUAUUGGUGUCAAAACCGGAAGCCCACUUGUCUCUCACUUUAUUGUUUGUUUGAAUACCCAUCCCCCAACCCAACCUUCUCAUAUUUGUCCAAUUAACUUGCUUUUGCCACACUCCAUUCACUCUUUUGAUAGAAUAGCAAAAAGCCUUUUUUUAUUAUUUUUUUUAUUUUUUAUUUUAAAAAUGGCAACUUCAUUGCAUUUUUGUGGAGUCAAAAAUCCUCACCCUUCUUUUUCGAGGACAAAUUUGCAUUGCCAGCUUCGUUUUGCUGUAUCUGCGGCUUCACUUCCUGGAUUAUGUACUAGAGCUAUAGAAACUUCCUGCACAAGGAGAGUUUUAAGAGUGAAUUGCGAGGGAACAACUGUCCAUGUGCUUGAGCGGAAUAAAAUUCAAAAUCAAAAUUGUGAUGGGGUCUUCCAUGAGCUGACAUGCGUUAUGAAGUUUGGUGGAUCAUCAGUGGCCUCAUCUGACAGGAUGAGAGAGGUUGCUGACCUUAUUCUCAGCUUCCCAGAAGAGAGGCCUGUCAUAGUUCUCUCUGCCAUGGGAAAGACUACUACCAAGCUUUUACUGGCUGGAGAAAAGGCUGUCACUUGCGGUGUUUCCAAUGUCUCUGAUGUUGAUGAGUUCAAUUUUGUGAAAGAAUUGCACCUCAGGACUAUGGAUGAGCUAGGAAUUGACAGGUCCACUAUUUCAACACACCUAGAAGAAUUGGAGCAACUUCUGAAGGGAAUUGCUCAAGUGAAAGAGUUAACUCUACGUACGAGAGACUACUUAGUCUCUUUUGGGGAGUGCAUGUCGACAAGAAUUUUUGCAUCAUAUUUAAGUAAAAUUGGUGUUAAAGCUCGCCAAUACGAUGCAUUUGAUAUUGGUUUCAUAACGACAGAUGACUUCACAAAUGCGGAUAUUCUGGAAGCAACUUAUCCGGCUGUUGCAAAGAGGUUACACAGUGAUUGGAUUAGUGAUCCUGCAAUUCCUAUUGUUACUGGCUUCCUUGGAAAGGGCUGGAGAUCUUGUGCAAAUAAUAAUGAAUUUGCUAGAUGCAUUGUUUUUGUGCUUUUAAAGGUCCUGCAUCCACAGUCUAUGAGGCCGGCAAGAGAAGGUGAUAUUCCUGUUAGGGUUAAGAAUUCAUACAACCCUAAAGCUCCAGGUACCCUCAUCACUAGAGCAAGAGAUAUGAGUAAGGCAGUAUUGACUAGCAUUGUCUUGAAACGGAAUGUGACCAUGUUGGAUAUUGUUAGCACUCGCAUGCUUGGUCAAUAUGGCUUCCUUGCCAAGGUAUUCUCAACCUUUGAAGAUUUAGGCAUUUCUGUGGAUGUUGUAGCUACAAGUGAAGUUAGUAUUUCCUUGACUUUGGAUCCAUCAAAGCUCUGGAGCAGGGAGUUGAUUCAGCAGGAGCUUGACCAUGUUGUGGAAGAACUUGAAAAAAUUGCAGUUGUAAAUCUCCUUCAGAAAAGAUCAAUUAUAUCUCUGAUUGGGAAUGUUCAAAGGUCAUCGCUGAUACUAGAGAAGGUGUUUCGUGUCCUUCGCACCAAUGGGGUCAAUGUUCAGAUGAUCUCUCAAGGUGCAUCUAAGGUUAACAUCUCAUUGAUAGUACAUGAUAGUGAGGCAGAACAAUGUGUGAGGGCUCUCCACUCUGCCUUCUUUGAGAGUGAUAUGUCAGAACUAGAUUGGGAAUGUGGAUCUCAGAAUGGUUCCUUUUCAGUGUUGCCAAAUGGAUGUUGACUGGCUUCUAGAUCAACGGUAAUUGAUGUGUUCUCUAGAUAUGGUUACAUUUUAAACCGAGGAGUUACCUGUUACAAUUAUUAGGAUGUAGUAUGCAAAACUAUUCUUGUUUGAUGGAUAUCAAAUAUAUCCAAUGGUUUAUGCAAUAAGGUCUUUGUAGCAGUUGACUGUGUCAGAAAUAGAUCAAAGACUCUUAGGUUUUAUUCUAAAUUCACUAGUAUUUUUUUUCCUAUUCAUUCUUUCAAAGGACCCGUUUUUGUCCUCUGUACUGGUGGUGGGUAAUUGGAUAAUGGAAAAUGCAUUCUGUUGUAAUAGC